UAUAACUGGCUAUGCUGUGAUGGCUGGUGCUGCAGAAAGACUUGUGCUUGGAUAUGACAGCUUCGGGAACAUAUGUGGUAGGAAGAAUGCUCCUGUAAAAGGGGCACCUCUUUCUGGACAGGACAUGACUAAUAAAAAGUAUGUGUUCUUUCUGAAUUCAUGCAAACUGAAAAUGCAAAGCCACAAAAUCAGUUCACUUUGCUUGUGCGUGUCUAGUUGUCCACGAGAGCAACUCAACUCUUUGGAAGAUCUUCAGAGUUUUGCAAGGAAUAAUGGUUCUUUUCUCUGCAUUUACAACCCAAAUGUUUCCAGUUACACGUAAAAUUCAAAGGUAGCUCAGCCGUGUCCCACACUACCAAUUCCACCAAAGUAA